AUGUCAUAUAGUGUGCGAAGCUUGACCCCAUUUUGUGCAUCUUCAAUCCUUCUUGAGUCAACGGAAUACCCACAGUGCUCUACUAUACCGGGUGAGCGAUUCGUUGUGGAGGACUUUCUGGUCUCUACUGGCAGGGCCAAGAUUCUCAACGUUAAAGUGGACGGAGGGAGGAUGACGGUUUAUAAACGGGGAAAUCAUGAGGAAGUGACCGGUGUGGCAGCACAUCCGCAGCUGCCACAUAUCGCUGUCUGCAGUCUAACUGGGCAACUCAAGAUCUACGAUUAUGAACAAAAGUACGUCUGUGUAACUUUUAGAAAAUCCCCGAAUUCCAACGAACUCUAUCUUAUUGAUGUCAAAGGAUGA